GGUCCGUCGGGUACUACGUCGUUAAUUACACGGAGGACGCGUGGAACGUCUUCGCCUUCUUGCUGCGCGACAAUCAUCGGACGCUGUGGCUUUGAAUUAUGGCAGCGCGAUGAACCUGUCCGUCUAUCUCUCGAAUGAGAGCUCCUAUCAGCCAUGGGCCGUGGCUGUCGACUGGUUCGGCCAAAUGAACAAGUUGCUGGCCGGAACGAAGUCGCACAAUCGUUUCCAGCUGUACGCGAGGAAUCUGAUCGAUCGAAUCUAUCGCCGAUCGGGAUGGCUGGUCGGGGUGGAGAGGUCGCCGUCGAACAGAGAACUGGGCGUGCUGAUACUGCACGGAGCUUGCAUGGUGGGCCACAAGCACUGUCUAAAGACAGCCGAGAGAAAGCUGCGAAGCUUGCUCGACGGUGAACCGCUGCCGGCCGACAUCCGGUCCGUGGUCUACUCGUUCGGUCUCGCCACGCAAUCCGCCGACGCUGAAUCGAUAUUCGAGAAGAUGUCGAGGCUGCUCGCGACCGAGUCCGGCCCGCAAGAAAAGGAACGGCUGAUCGUCGGGCUGGCCGGCGUGCAACAGAAAACUCUCCUAGUCAGAUGUCUCGAGCUGGCGACCAACGAGAACCUCGUCCGCAAGCAGGACUUCGGACCUAUUUUGAUCAAGAUGGCUUCCGGUCCCGUUGGACUCAAGAUGGUCUGGGAUUUUAUACGAUACACCGUGCACGUGUUAAUCGGCGAGCUGCACUACGCCUGUUUGACCUCGAAGCCGGAGUGUCCGUCCUCGGCAGCGACCUUGGAGUCUCGCAGCUAUUUCUUCCUGGAGAAGUUGAGGAGCGUGUACAGGGAGCUGCCGAUCCUAGCAGAUCUCUCGAAAGACCUGGCCAAGCUCGCGCUGACGGAUCUUUCUCAACCGCUGAAGAAGAUACUGGAGGAGUACAAUCGGCAGGAGCUGGAAAUCAUGCCGAGGCUGGAGAACGAGCUCUCGGAGAUUCGGAAGGCGUUGAUGGACGGUGUACAGAAAUUGAUCGACAGAGGUCAGAGGUUGGACGAGCUGGUGCGCAAGACCCAGUCCCUGCAGAUCAUGUUGGAAGCCAAAGAGCACGGAGCUCCGUGGAAGAUGCAGUUGUUCUCCGACUUUCACAGGCCUCCACGGACGGUGUACCGUGUACUGAGUUUACUCUUCGGUCGAUCAAAGAUGAACAGGAACUCUUUCGAGAUUGGAUCAUCGACGAGGGAAUGAUAUAACAGCAAGGAAAUCUCGCGAGAUGUUACCUGUUGGAGCUCGAUGUCGACUUCCUGCAGGACCUCUUCGAGGACGGUCAGCAGGUGAUUCACGUUCUCGAUCGAAAAGACCAUCGGCGGUUUCAGCUUCAGGAUGUUGUCGUCGGGACCGUCGCUGCUGAUCAGGAUCUUGUUCUCCCGCAUCCUGGCGACGAUGUACCUAGCCUCUUCCGUGGCUGGGCUCCUCGCGAUCCUGUCUCGGACCAGCUCGAUACCCGCGAACAAACCCGCGCCUCGAACGUCCCCGAUGAUCGUCCACCGCUUCGCCAACUUCCUCAGCUCGGACAUCAGUAUGCGUCUGCGCCAGUCGGAGGGCGAGGUCGUUCGCCUCGCUGCCAGAGUUCACCAGGAAGCAAACUGACAGCGGCUCCGGAAGCAGCGAGGUCAAUCGGCGAGCGCAAAUCACCAGAUCGUCGUGGAGGAAACGAUUGUUCGUGGAGACGAGAGCCAUUUGCUCCUGGCCGGCUCGCACCACCGUUGGAUGACAGUGGCCCACUGCAAAUUAAUCGAUAACGUCGAUCCAUCCUCCGCGCAGUUUAUGCAACCACUGUUGUUCCUACCGUGUGCAACAUUGUUGAUGCAGUCCAGGUAGCGGUUCCCCCUUUCGUCGUACAUGUAUUGGCCCUCUGCUCGCACAAUCUUCAGCGGAUUCGACUUGUAGAACAGUUUGCAAGCUUGCCUGUGAACAGAUCGUGGACCGUCAUUCGAGCUUGUUGUCGCAGGAACGAUGUUUAACGACGAUAACAACGUCCAUUUACCCGAUGUGCCGUUCCCGCAGCCUGAUCGUCUCCGACUUUGGCAUCUGUUCCAACGACUCCGCCAUGCCGGAUGAUUCUAUCACUGAACAACGAAAAAUUUUAUUUAGAUUAGACCAGUUGUUUGCCCAGAUUUUUGGAAAUUCAUUUCUACGCUGAUCGAUCGCGUCUAAGAAAUUCUCAUUAGGGACCACGAAAUGUAAGAAUAUUUGUGAAAGUAGAUGCAAUCGAGAUGUCAUGCAACUUAACUUUACAAUUUUAAUCGAAUUAAACGCGUCACGAUAAUUGUAUGUAAUUUUUUAGGUCGCCGGCGCGUCAGUCAAAGUGUCGAAACACGAUGCGAAAAUUGUGUGAAGGACUUCGCUAACAUGGCAAACUAUGGGAAUACGGAUUACUUUUAGAUUUGUAGUUUCUUUAUUGCUAAAGUCUACCGUUUCGAUUUAACAAACAUUUCAACUCGCGCCACGAUCGGGCCGUGGUUUUCGCGUCGACGUCGAGCGAAUUUUCGAUCGGGUUUCGCAACGUUGAUCCGCGGUUUCGCAACGAAUCGGUCUGCGGGCGAAAUCGACACUGUCGAAAGAUCGCAGUUCGGUUAUAAUUAACUUCACUUUAUCGUUCUCGCAAACAGAUACGAUUGGCGCCGGCUAUUUGCAACAACAUCGGUUGCAAAACCGUUUCAUCGAUGCACUGUCUAUCGGCGACCGGUAGAAUCGCUAUCGUAUUCGCGACGAUCGCGGAACAAUUACGCGUUCUUGUUGAAUUGGAACGAUCGAGACGCGAACAGGAAUCGAUCGAACAGCCUAAGCAAUCGGCGGUACGUUUCUAACGAGACACGGUAUCUGUUCGAGACCGAUAUACGUACAUAUUUUCCUAUGAACGCGAUUUAUCUCGAGGCAUGGGGACGAAUCACGCGCACUUAUCGGCCUUCGGAAAGUUACUUGUCCCAUAGGGAACGAUAUCUCUCCAUUCGUCUAUAGUUUCACCGAAUUCCGAACGAUUUCGAGAAUAGAACGAGUCAAGGUAUCCGAAACUGAUCGUAGAAAAUCUCGAUGUUUUCGUCCUCGAAAAUCGCAGCACUAUCGAGCGAACGAAAAGCGGGUCAAAGGAGAGAACAAGUCGGAAAAUAAGAUCGCGAUAAGAUCUGUCCAAAGUCGUCGAUCCUCGCGAUUCCCUUUUAACCGAUUAGAUAUUGAAAUUCGAGAAGACGAAGGAUCGGUGAAGUUCGACCGGAAGCUGCCGAAGGAUUCGGCGAUAGAAAUCGGUGCGAGAUAGAGAAACGAUUUGGAAAUCGCGAGCAAGGGUGUUCUGGAAGCCGGAAGCCGGAAGAAGGAAGCAGGAAGCGAGAAGCGGGAAGUCGGAAGGAAGAGCAGAGUCAGCGAGAUCGUACCUGAACUCGUAGUAAUCGUAAGUCACGGUUCCUCGACUUCUGAAUGCAGUCGUCAGCUGAGUGCCGCGACCUACUCCGGUGACGUCAUAUAUAGAGCUUGCCGAUCGUCGGGAAGAAAAGCGGGGGAGUCUGCGCGCGCACUGUCCUCUUCGCCCUAAUGAGAUAUUAGACGUUCCUUGCCCCUCCCCUUCCACCCCCGCUCUUUGCGAUAGCCGGACAUCGAACAAGCGUCAUCGAGGUUGUAAUCAGCCAAGAGAUCGAUUAUUGACCGAUCGAUCACCUCCCCUGCCCGAAGGAUCCGAUUUUUUCGGAUUUCAGAGCUGACCCCGUUCCACGAGCGCGUCGGCAAACAAAAUCGGCUUCUCUCGCACGUGUUUUCUAGUCACCGUAUCGUUGACUCUUAACGGGCAAAUGUUUACUCGCGCGACAAACUAUCGCGUUCGAAUUUUACGAAAAAAUACCUGUCACGGUUCGUCGAGGUUUAAAACGGUGUAACCCUUUCGAAAUUAUACCAAAUGCGAUGUACUUUUUUUUAGGAUUGCCGGAAGGACCAGUUUGCUAGACAGAGCGUAAAACGUUUUCCCAAAGAAUCGUUAGUUGGGCGAAAUGGUAAAAAUAAAAAUGAUAAUCGCGCGUUUAUAAAUUUCUUGGCCGAGCACGAACGAAAAUUCCAACGAUGCUAAAAAGCGCGAUUUCUUUUCAUUCUUUCGUUGUUACGAUCAAUUGCGACGUCCGCGAUCAUUUCUGUGUCCAUUGUUUAACAAACUAGCCCUUCUAUCUUCAUAUAUAUGUGUGUGUGUCCAAUGAAAUAAGUUCCCCAGGAAA